AUGCUUCUACAGGUGUUCGUAGUUUUGAGUGUUGCUACAACUACCUCUGCUAUAACCUGCUAUAAUGGAGCGGUUUACAACAAUAGCGCUGCACCAAAAGAUCAACAAGCCUGUCCUUUAGCGACUUACUGCACAAAGAUAACUGCACUUAUGCCUACACCAUUGGCCAGCUAUGGUUGCGACCAGUCAGCUUCACUAUGCAAGACAGUCAGUUGCUAUGACAAUCAAAAUGGAGGGAGAACAUGCUGCUGUGCUACUGAUCUUUGUAAUUUCUCCACUAUACAGUCUGCCGAAUUAGUUACAGUAAUCGCAUUCGUAAUGAUGUUGUUGUAG